AUGGCCAACGGAAUCGCAGACAUUGCUGAUUGGACCAGCGUACCUGAGUUCAGAGGCAGUAGACGGCAACAAUACUACUCGGUUUAUCAGGAAGGAUUUCUCAGAAACUCUCAACUGCCCAAUGUCUGGGAAACUCAAAAAUUGAGCUCAGAGUCUGAGUGGAGUUGUGACCACGAAGGGCCAUGCUGCACUUGCGAUUGCGACUGUCGGCCUAUAACGAAUACCAACCAGGCGCUGAGUGGACACAUUAACUUCCCUCAGGACAACCCCAAUCUUACUUACGGCACCUACCUGCAGGGGUAUAUGGCAGGUAACGAGCCACAAAGACACUCAGAUCCUCGAGGAAGAUUCCAAGUUCAAUCCAACCAUGUGCUGGGCACAGGCUUUCCUCCCAUAAGACAAAAUAUCUCAUCUGUAGAGGAUGUCAUCUACUACAACGCCAAGCAACAACGGCAUCUGAACGAUGCGCAGAGGAGGAUCCAAGAUUGGAUGCGAGUCAUGCCUGAUCUUGUUGGGAACAACGGAGUACCAGCGACGACUCAGGAGUCGAAGAAGUGCAGUUGUAGAGAUUGUAAGUACAGGAAGAAGGCGGCAAAAAAAGACGACAAGAAGAAGAAACAGAAACGAAAGGAGAAGGGAAAGAAAAAGGACAAGGAUAAAAAGAAGACGAAGCGUUGA